UGGAGAAUCCAACAAAAGCAGAGAGAAAAGGGGGAAGAAAAGGAAAGGAAAAUGGCGGCAGCUUCUCCUGCCCACUCCCUCCUCUGUUCAGUCUCCCGCUCUUCCACUCCCAGACCCUCCGCCAGAUUCUUCCCCUCCUCCUCCUCCUCCAUCUCCAAAUCUUUCCCCUCCAGAACCUCCACCUCCGCCGCUGCCGCCUCCCCCGUCCUCUCCUUCCUCCACCAGGGCGGCAACAACUUCUCCCUCGCCCGGAACAACGCCGACGACGACGACCCCAGUUGGCUCCACAAGCUCUUGCUGACCACAUGCGCCUCCGUGGCCUUGUCGCUCUCCCUGUUCGUCGCCGAUGUCGACCAGGCCUCCGCCUUCGUGGUCACCACCCCGCGGAAGCUCCAGACCGAUGAGCUCGCCACGGUCCGGCUCUUCCAGGAGAACACGCCCUCCGUCGUCUACAUCACCAACCUCGCCGUCAAGCAGGAUGCCUUUACCUUGGAUGUUCUUGAAGUUCCGCAAGGUUCGGGAUCGGGUUUUGUGUGGGAUAAGGAGGGUCACGUUGUCACCAACUAUCAUGUGAUUCGCGGCGCUUCUGAUCUCAAAGUCACUCUUGCUGAUCAGUCAACUUAUGAUGCAAAAGUGGUCGGAUUUGACCAAGACAAGGAUGUUGCUGUGUUGCGCGUGGAUGCACCCAAAGAGAAGCUCAGACCGAUCCCCAUUGGUGUGUCUGCGGAUUUGCUUGUCGGCCAGAAAGUUUAUGCUAUUGGGAACCCAUUUGGACUUGACCACACUCUCACGACUGGCGUUAUUAGCGGUCUCCGCAGAGAGAUCAGUUCUGCCGCCACGGGCCGUCCUAUACAAGAUGUGAUUCAGACAGAUGCUGCAAUUAAUCCCGGCAACAGUGGAGGCCCACUUCUCGAUAGUUCCGGAAGCCUUAUCGGUAUAAACACCGCGAUAUAUUCUCCAUCUGGGGCAUCCUCAGGUGUUGGAUUCUCAAUUCCCGUUGACACGGUAGGUGGCAUAGUGGAUCAGCUGGUAAAGUACGGGAAGGUCACAAGACCAAUCUUGGGCAUCAAAUUUGCACCCGAUCAAUCUGUGGAGCAACUAGGGGUAAGUGGAGUUCUUGUGUUGGAUGCCCCAGCUAAUGGUCCUGCCGGUAAAGCGGGCUUACUACCAACGAAACGUGAUGCAUAUGGAAGGCUUAUUUUGGGAGACAUCAUAACAUCUGUAAAUGGGAAGAAGGUCACUAACGGGAGUGAUCUGUAUAGGAUUCUUGACCAAUGUGAAGUGGGUGACACGGUGACGGUGGAAGUUUUGCGGGGAGAUCACAAAGAGAAGAUACCUGUAACUCUUGAACCGAAGCCCGAUCAGUCAUGAUCUGCUUGGUUGUUCUGAAAUGUACAAUGAUCUAGUGAAAGCCUAUACAAGAAAGAGAUGCCAUCAAAUUUUCUCGCAUCGCCUUGCUUUUAUGUCAUAGGGCCUUGUCUUGUACGUAUAUGUGCUUCUGUACUGUACUAAACCAAAAACUUGGGAGCAUCAAUUGACCGGUGCAACUGUAUAAACCAUUUUCUCUGCUCUCAGGAAUUCUUGUUCUAAUGGAGCCUCUCUAACCCUUGAUGGUUUUAUAUGGGA